AUCUCUCCCUCUCUCUCUCUGAAUUUGAAGUGUCGAUGGAUUGAAACGAUAAAGGAGAUUACCGUCAAAGACGAUUGAAUCAGUUGAGAAAUCGACAAAUGCAAUUACAAUGACAUCAUUUUUCCCGCCAGAAACGGUUGAAUCAGUUAAAGGAGAACUAGGCAAAUCGGAUUUCACGCCGAGAAAACUGGUUUUCACGGAGUUCGGCUUGUCUCCGGUCGUCAGUGCCUCUCCGCUGCAUACGUCGCCUCAAGAGAGGCUCCUCUUGCAAACCAAGCUACAUGUGCUUCCGCGUUCUCCAUUAUCGUUUAAGAAGUCAGAGUCUCCUAGAAUAUCUCUGCCACAGGCUCGAACCAAAAUAAUUAAUGGCACUCCAAAGAGUCAUAGGCAGUGUCAUUGCAAGCAAUCAAAAUGCUUAAAGUUGUACUGCGAGUGCUUUGCUUCUGGAUCAUAUUGUGAUGAAUGCAGUUGUGCUAAUUGUCAUAAUAAUGUGGAGAAUGAGGAUGUGAGGAGAGAAGCUGCUGAAUGCAUCCUAGAACGUAAUCCAAAUGCUUUCAAACCAAAAAUAAUUGGCAGUCCGUGUACUCCUCCAGGCGAUGGGGAUGCGGCAAAAGAUGUUUUGGUAAUGGCUAAACACAUCAAGGGAUGCCACUGUAAAAGAACUGGUUGCCUCAAAAAGUAUUGUGAGUGCUUUCAAGCAAACAUUCUCUGCUCUGAAAAUUGCAAAUGUGUCAGCUGCAAAAAUUUGGAAAGAAGUGAGCUAGGAAUGGUUGUUACCUCGGAAAAUCAUUGUAAGACCAAAGCUUACAUUCAGCAGGAAAAUGCUAAUUCAUCCAGUGCUGUUGUAUCCUCAAGCCAUAUCUUCUCUCAAGAAUCCAGGAAAAGAACAUUUCGAGAACUAUUUGAUUCAAACAUGAGAGAUACAGAAAUUCAUGAGUGUACAAAACAUCAUGCGGUGAAUCCAGUUGGAGUUCAUGUUUCAAUCCCAACCUUACGUGCUGAUUGUGUUGACUAUGGCUCUUCAAAGCUUACAUACAGAUCUCUCUUAGCAGAUGCUAUUCAUCCAUUGGACACUAGAGAGCUCUGCUCACUUUUGGUGGUUGUAUCAGAAGCUGCAAAGUUUCUUGCUGACGAACAUUGCAAGGCACAGAUAAAAGAAGUAAAAGAAUACCAGAUGGCCUGUGAUCUUGAGAAAGAUUGCAAGAAAGAACCUGAUGUUCAUCAAGUUGUGCCUCAUAACCAAUUUCCUGGGAGCCAAACUGAUAUAAAAGUCAUGGAUAAUUCCAGAUCUUGUGACAUUGACAUGCAGGAUGGAGCGCCGUUUUCAUCUGAAGGAGAUUACUUGAUGGGCGACAAGAAAGACAAAUUGUUCACAAGAUCUGCUUCCCUAGACCAAAAUCUGAAUCAUGGAUGCAAUCAAAAUUUCACGAAGGAGCAUGAAAGACUUGUUUUGACAUGUUUACGGGAUUGUCUUGGAAAGCUCAUCGCUUUUGGAACAAUUAAAGGUAUGGGUCUGCCCUUCAUCUUUCUAAAUAGAUACAAAAACUACCAGUUUGAAAGCUUGUCAACAAUUCAACAUUAAAAACGCAUACUACAAUAAAUAGAACCUCCAGGAAGUCCAUCUACGACUAGCUAAAGUAGAAUCCAACAAUUUGAUGUUUGAGUUGGGAAAAAAAUGUGAGAACUUAUUUGAAAGUUGAUAAAAAAUAUUAAGCACAUAUUAUCUCCGAGAAGAAUUAAUAUUGAACGAAGAGUACAUUAAUGUAAGAAUUCAAGGAUUGGUGACCUUUUAUUCUGAAGUACCAGCUUCAUAUCGAUUAGUGAUCUGUUUCAAAUUUACGUAAUCAACUGGAUUUAGAUCAAUAGAGGAAACAUGCACCAAGAUUCUUUCUCAUUCUCUCUAAUAUUACAUGUUAUAUAAAUGAGGCUUUACAAGCGACUCCAGUUUCCUAUUCAACACAAGCGUCUUGCUUUUUUCCUUGGUGCCCAUCGAUAUAUAUAUGUAAAGUUAGGUUAUUUUUCUUUAUUUUUUUUGCCUUCUGUCAAUUGACCUAUAAAUCAAAGUGACUUCAUGAUCAUGUUUUUUGCAUUGCUGGGGAAUUGCAUUUCAUUAGGGAGUCGGUUCGAACAUCUUAGCACUUGCAACAUCAAAGCAAGACCUGAAACCUGAUUGAGAAAGCUGCUGCAAUGACAUGGUAGAAUCUCAUGGCGGAGAUGACCCUGAAGCAUUUCGUCCUGAAGCAAUGUUAUCGCCACCUAGUGGUCACAGUCGACCAUAGAAAGCUGUGUUUUUCCAUCAUCUCAUGCACGUUACAUACAAUCAAAAUUGGACAAAAUAUCCGUGAACUUCAAUUGGGACAAAAAGUACUGUAGAUAGUUGCAUCGACUGAAAACGGUGAUAUACGUCAACAUCUUUUCAACACUGGUUCAAUUCAAUAGCCUUCUGAUGUAAUAAAAGUAGGGAAUAGUCAAUCUCAUAGCAAGAGUCUUUUUUGUUAGGAGUAAAUCGCAUUACAAUCCAUCUAUUUUCCAUGCCCUUUUUGUAGAAAAACUUUGAUUCGUUUUAA